AUGACUGACCGUCCAGAACCCCUCCGCCUCGGCUCCGUCGCGCCAAACUUCAAGGCCGACACCACCAAAGGCCCCAUUGACUUCCACGAGUUCAUCGGCAACAACUGGGUCGUCCUUUUCUCCCACCCCGAAGACUAUACCCCAGUCUGCACCACCGAACUGGGUGCGUUUGCCAAGUUGGAGCCAGAAUUCGCAAAACGAGGUGUCAAGUUGAUUGGUCUGUCUGCAAACACCAUUGAGAGCCACGGCGGCUGGAUCAAGGACAUCAAUGAGAUCAGUGGCAGUGACUUGCAAUUCCCGAUCAUUGGAGACAAACAGAGACAGGUUGCCCUUCUCUACGACAUGCUUGACCACCAAGAUGCCACCAACGUUGACUCCAAGGGAAUCGCCUUUACAAUUCGGUCUGUCUUCGUGAUCGACCCAGCCAAGAAGAUCCGAACCAUCCUCUCCUAUCCAGCUUCCACUGGCAGAAACUCCGCCGAAGUGCUCAGAAUUGUAGACUCUCUACAGACGGGUGACAAGUGGAAGGUCACUACCCCCAUCAACUGGGUCCCCGGUGACGAUGUCAUUGUCGCACCUCCCGUCAAGACUGAGGACGCACAAAAGUUGUGGCCCGAGAUGAAAAUCAUCAGGCCCUACCUACGAACAACUCCUCUUCCCAAGGAGAAGACGUCAGCCGCCUAA